AUGGCGCAAAGGUACGAUGAGCUGGCUCAUUACGGCGGCGCGAUGGACGGAGUCGGAGUCCCCACCUCCAUGUACGGAGACCCGCACGCCCCCCGGCCCUUGCCCCAGGUCCACCACCUGAACCACGGGCCACCCCCGCACCCGACGCAGCACUACGGAGCCCACGCGCCGCACAACAUCAUGCCUACCAGCAUGGGCAGUGCCGUCAACGACGCACUGAAGAGGGACAAGGACCAGAUCUACGGCCACCCUUUAUUCCCGCUGCUGGCUCUGGUGUUCGAGAAGUGCGAGCUGGCGACCUGCACGCCCAGAGAGCCCGGGGUGGCGGGAGGUGACGUCUGCUCCUCCGACUCGUUCAAUGAAGACAUAGCCGUGUUUGCCAAGCAGAUCCGCGCAGAGAAACCUUUAUUUUCUUCCAACCCGGAGCUAGAUAACUUGAUGAUUCAAGCGAUUCAAGUUCUUCGAUUCCAUCUCCUGGAAUUAGAGAAGGUCCACGAGCUGUGUGACAACUUCUGCCACCGGUACAUCAGCUGCCUGAAGGGCAAAAUGCCUAUCGACCUGGUCAUAGAAGAGCGAGACGUCUGCAAGUCGGACUUCGACGACCUCUCGGGAUCCUCCACCAACCUCGCGGAUCAUAACCCGGCAUCCUGGAGAGACAUGGAUGACGCCCACUCCACGCCCUCUGUGGGCACCCCGGGACCGUCCAGCGGGGGACACGUCUCCCAGAGUGGAGACAACACCAGUGAACUCGGAGACGGCCUCGACAACAGCCUAGCGUCACCGGGCACGGGAGAUGAAGAUGAUCAAGACAAGAAGAGGCAGAAGAAACGAGGCAUCUUCCCUAAAGUGGCCACAAAUAUAAUGAGAGCGUGGCUCUUCCAGCACCUUACGCAUCCAUACCCCUCAGAGGAACAGAAAAAGCAGCUAGCACAAGACACAGGUCUCACCAUCCUUCAAGUCAACAACUGGUUUAUCAAUGCAAGGAGGCGGAUAGUGCAACCAAUGAUUGACCAGUCAAACAGAGCAGGUAAAGCUACAGUUCGUUCAGUGUUCAGUGUACUAAAUCCUUCAGUAAGUCAGGGUACAGCUUACAGUCCAGAUGGCCAGCCAAUGGGAGGCUUCGUUCUUGACGGGCAGCAGCACAUGGGUCUCCGACCUGGAGGGCCAAUGGGUGGCAUGGGUAUGAAUAUGGGCAUGGAUGGGCAGUGGCACUACAUGUAA